AUGGACUCUUUUCUACUCGCGAUGAACAGAAGGGCCAUUCUGCUCUCAGUUAUCUUCGUGGUACUAAGCGACCACCGACCCAUCUCCACCGUCCAUGCUGCCAGCAACGUUCACAUCGUUUACAUGGGAAAGAGGCAGCACCACGAUCCAACGGUCGUCUCCAACUCCCACCACGACAUGCUUGCUUCAGUCCUUGGAAGCAAGGAAGCAGCUUCGGAUUCGUUAAUAUACAGCUAUCGCCAUGGUUUCUCCGGGUUUGCAGCCAAGCUUACUGAGUCGCAAGCACAAGCACUUGCAGAGUUCCCUGGUGUGGUACAUGUGACACCAAAUCGCCUUCACAAGCCACAUACUACCAGAAGCUGGGAUUACCUCGGCCUUGAUUUUCAUUCUCAGACAAAUCUCUUAUCUGAGAGCAACAUGGGCGAUGGAGUUAUCAUUGGGGUUGUGGAUACAGGAAUUUGGCCAGAGUCGAAAAGUUUCAACGAUAAAGGACUGGGACCAGUGCCAUCUCGUUGGAAGGGUGUCUGUAAGAGUGGGGAACGUUUCAAUUCUACAAACUGCAAUAGGAAGCUAAUUGGAGCCCGUUGGUACAUCAAAGGAUUGAAAGCCGAACUGGGAAAGAAACUCAAUAUCACUGGAGUUGACUACUUUUCCCCAAGGGAUGGAUUUGGCCAUGGUACCCACACAUCAGCCACUGCAGCUGGUUCCUUUGUAGAGAAUGUAAGCUACAAAGGCUUAGGCAAAGGGACUGCCAGAGGUGGUGCACCUAAGGCUCGAUUGGCAAUGUACAAGGUGUGUUGGAAUAUUCCGUACACUUACUCUUACUGCACUACUUCCGCUGAUGUACUCAAAGCUUUCGACGAUGCCAUACAUGAUGGGGUGGAUGUGUUGUCUUUGUCUCUCGGCUUUAUGAUUCCACUGUACUUCGAUGUCGAUGAACGCAACGACAUUGCUUUCGGUGCAUUUCAUGCAGUCGCGAAGGGGAUCACUGUAGUUUGCUCAGCAGGAAAUGAUGGUUCCAUUGCUCAGUCGGUGUCAAACACAUCCCCAUGGAUAAUAACGGUCGCAGCUAGCACGAUUGAUCGGGCAUUUCCCACAGUUGUUACGCUUGGAAACAAUCGAACCAUAAUGGGACAAAGCAUGUUUACUGGAAAGAAGGAAAUUGGAUUUGUUGGCUUGAUAUCUCCAGUGGAUGUCGGUGAAAUUGAUGGUCCUAUUGCUAGUUCCUGUUCUUUUCUUUCUCCGGACAACGUAACGAUGCCUGGAAAGGUUGUGCUCUGUUUUGGGGGUGGUCAUUGGUCUGCUGAGGAUGCAGUGAAGGAGGCUGGAGGCGUAGGCCUCAUAUUUGCCAGGAAUCCUACUAGUCAGGUCUCUCCCUGUAUUGAGCUACCAUGCGUUGAAGUAGAUUACGAGAUUGGGAUGCAAUUGCUCAACUACAUUCGUUCUUCCAGAUCUCCAUUGGUGAAGCUGAGCCCCUCCAAAACCCUUGUGGGCAAGCCCUUGUCGACGAAAGUCGCAUCUUUUUCGUCUCGAGGGCCUAAUUCCAUAGCAGCUGCUGUACUGAAGCCAGAUAUUGCUGCCCCUGGUGUCAACAUUUUAGCCGCAUUCCCCGAUGAUCCAAUAGAUGGUGGCUACGCUCUCUUUCCGGGAACCUCAGAUGGUGGCUACGCUUUCCUUUCGGGGACCUCUAUGUCAUGCCCUCAUGUCUCUGGCAUUGUCGCGCUUCUCAAAUCCUUAUACCCGCAAUGGUCACCAGCUGCCAUAAAAUCAGCGUUGGUCACUACUGCAUCAACAAGCGAUGAGUCUGGUGGGCCCAUCUUUGCAGAUGGGUACCCUCGAAAGGUCGCCGAUCCCUUUGAUUACGGAGGAGGUAUAGUGAAUCCAAAUAGAGCAGUGGAUCCCGGCCUCAUCUACGACAUGGGCAUGGAGGACUACCUUCAUUACCUUUGUUCCAUGGGCUACACUAACUCUGCCAUCUCAAAAUUAAGACAACAUUCCACCGUCUGUCCUAUCAAUCCACCCUCCAUCCUAAAUCUGAACCUUCCAUCCAUUACUGUUCCCAACCUGAAAACCUCUGUAACUAUCUUGAGAACAGUCACUAAUGUUGGCCCAGUCAACUCGGUAUACACUGCAUCGAUCGAAUCACCACCCACCAUACAUGCAACCGUGCAACCACACAUUUUGAUCUUCAAUUCAACGGCCAAGAAGCUAUCUUUUACGGUCACAUUGUCAUCAACUCAAAAGGUGAUUGGUGGAUACUACUUCGGAAGGCUUACUUGGAGUGACAGAGAGCACACGGUUAGGAGUCCAAUUUCGGUGAGGCCUGAGAUCAUACCAUCUUACGUGGAUAAUUCAUAAUCGCGCGGCUGAAAUUGAAGACUACUGCAUUUUAGUAUGUGCUGCAUAUCAUAGAAUAAGAAAUGUAAUUCGCAUCUAUAUGAGAAUAUAUUAAGGUUUAUCUAGA